CUGGAGGAGCGAGCUAGCCAAUGAGCUCUGAGGGGGCGUGUCCGGGGGGCAGGGCUGCGCCGCUCGCGCUCCGGCGGAGAAGCGGGGGGCUGAACUGGCAGAGCCGGGCUGAGCGCGGCGGCGGCAGCGGCGAUGGAGGAGCCGGAGCCGGAGCCGGAGGGCUCUUCCCCGCGGCGCUUCACCUGGGAGGAGAUCGGGCUCCGCACGGGCCGGGGGCACCCGCAGCAGGAGCGGUGGCUGGUGAUCGACAGGAAGGUCUAUGACAUCAGCCAGUUCUACCGGCGGCACCCGGGGGGCGCCCGAGUCAUCAGUCACUACGCCGGGCAAGACGCCACGGAUCCCUUCAGGGCAUUCCACCUUGACAAGGCUCUGGUGAGAAAGUACAUGAACUCGCUGUUGAUUGGGGAACUGGCACCGGAGCAACCCAGCUUUGAGCCCAGCAAAAACAAAUUGCUGGUAGAGGACUUCCGGGAGCUGCGCACCACCGUCGAGAGGAUGGGACUCCUCAACCCCAACCACCUCUUCUUCUUCCUGCUUCUCCUGCACAUUCUGCUGCUGGAUGCUGCCGCCUGGCUCACCAUCUGGUACUUUGGGUCAUCCUUGCUGCCUUUCCUUUUUUCUGCAUUGCUGCUAGGCACCGUCCAGGCCCAGGCUGGGUGGCUCCAGCACGAUUUCGGGCAUCUCUCGGUGUUCAGCAAAUCCAAAUGGAACCACUUGGUUCACAAGUUUGUGAUUGGCCAUCUGAAAGGUGCACCAGCCAGCUGGUGGAAUCAUCUGCACUUCCAGCACCAUGCCAAACCCAACUGUUUCCGCAAGGACCCUGAUGUUAACAUGCACCCCUUAUUUUUUGCUUUGGGAAAGACACUGUCUGUGGAGCUCGGGAUGAAGAAGAAGAAGUUCAUGCCUUACAACCAUCAGCAUAAAUACUUCUUCAUAAUUGGACCCCCAGCCCUGGUGCCCCUCUACUUCCAGUGGUACAUAUUCUACUUUGCAGUGCAGCGCAGACAGUGGGUGGACCUGGCCUGGAUGCUGACGUUCUACAUCCGAUUCUUCCUCACCUACUUGCCAUUACUGGGGGUGAAAGGGCUCCUGGGGCUUUUUCUUCUGGUCAGGCUCAUAGAGAGUAACUGGUUUGUCUGGGUGACGCAAAUGAACCACAUCCCCAUGCACAUCGAUUACGAUAAGAAUGUGGACUGGUUCUCUACUCAGCUCCAGGCAACGUGUAAUGUUCACCAGUCUCUGUUCAAUGACUGGUUUAGCGGGCACCUGAACUUCCAGAUUGAACACCACCUUUUCCCCACAAUGCCUCGACACAACUACUGGAAGGUGGCCCCCCUGGUGAAGUCCCUGUGUGCCAAGCAUGGCAUCGAGUACCAGAGCAAGCCCCUGCUCACUGCCUUUGGCGACAUUGUGCACUCUCUGAAGGAUUCGGGGGAGCUCUGGCUCGAUGCCUAUCUACAUAAAUAAGCAGCAGCAGCUCCAAACAGAGGUAUUCCCCCACCCUCGCUGCCUCCCACGAUGGUCACCAUGAAGACACUGGACAGAGAGCUGGCUGAGCCAGGGGUGUGGAGCUGGGCAAGCUUAAUUCCAGGAAUGAGUGUGGGGUUUUUCUAAGAUGUUUGUUUUUAGUCCUUCUCAUGCUUCUCCUACUCCUCCUUUUUUGGUACUGAAUAAUAGAGAGGAUCAGAAUGGAGGAGACCACUUGCCGGGAAGGAGGAGCAGCCUGUAGGUCUGGGAAUUAAUGCCCUUCUGUCUGGUGACAUUUCACUUGCUGUGUCUGUAGGAGAGAAACCUUUUAUCUAACAUAGAUAUUUCUGAGAUGCCUGGCAGCUUGGUAUCUAACCCCUACUCUGCUCCUUCCCCAUGUGAAAGAAUCAAGGAAGCUGGGACAGGCUGAGAUCACUGAAGAUAGAAGUUGGGGUGGUGGGAAGAGGGAGAAAUAAGGAGAAAUGUAAGUGUGGGAAAGAGAAGAACCUGUGUAGGGGCUAUGUUGUUAAACAUCCUUGUGCAUUUAAGAAUGGUAAACCAAGUGCCCAAACCUUGGGGGCAUGGGGUAGAGAAGAAAGGCCAAACCACCGGGCAAGGGCUUAGACUACUUUGUAGGGAUGAAUGUGAGAAGAGAGAGACCAAACCACAGAGCAGGCACAGGUGGGAUGCAAGAGCUGUUCCCUAGAUGUGGGGGGCUUGGCAUGCUGUGUCCAAUGAGAGUGCUGCUACAUAUAUGCCUUGAGUGGUUUUUUUUUUUUUUUUUUUUUUUAGAGGUAGGACGGUGAGCCCCUGGAUCUCUGGGUUAAUUAUCAUUCUGCUGGAGAUGGCCUGAGUAUCUUCUAAGAGUGCCAUACUCUAAAAGUGAAAGAGUUGAUGGACCAGUUACUGAUACG